AUGCGCUGCAAGAACGGGACGUGGAAGGAGGUCGACUCGGUCUGGACGACCGCCAACGCGCCGGGCGUGCAAUUUGAGUUUGCGUGCGACCUCAACGGCGUGCAGGAGGGGCUGGAGUGGGCGAACGAUGCGCCGCAGUCCGCGGACGACCCGCUGUACGACACCGCAAACUUCAAGCAAUAUUACUACCUGGGUUACUACCCGCCCAUGGACUGGGUCGACGCGUACAACGUGACAUACUCGUACAAGCUGGUGUACGCGGGCAGUCCAGAUUCUGUGGUGAAUGUCACGUGCAGUGGUGAGUGGGGCGCGGGCCCGGCGCGGCCGUAG